UUUCGCAUUCUCUUCAGUUCCCCGAACCGUCGUCUUCUCUCGUCGAAGCUCCGCGCCUUCGUCAUGUCGCAGGACCGCGGCAAGGGUCCGGCACCGGCGGACCCUUCCACGGGCCCCAGGCAAGGUCAUAACACGAAGGCGUUUAAGUCGCCUUUCAACGUUGAUGCGAAGGUCUACGGGAAGAGAGACGAUCCAGUGUGGCAUUUCGUCGCGAGAGGUCGUUAUUUGGAUGGCUCCACGGCGGCGGGUAGGAGGCUUGGUCGUCGCUGCCUGUGCAGGUUGUGCGGUCGUUCUAUUUGCGGGGGCGCCAAAGCUGCAAGGGAACACUUCUCGAAGAUCGAGAAGUUCCGAUGCGAGGAGGCCACUCCUGCGGUGUGGUAUGCCAUCGGGGCGAAGGACAUGACCAAAUAUCCGAAGGAGUUCGUUUCGGCCAUCGAGUCAUUGCAGAGCUUAGAUUCGGGUCAUCCAAGGUUCCAGUGGCCACCGUUGCGAUACCUCGAGGACUCGGUCCCGCCUCCCGUUUCCACGACCGCCCCCUCUUGUGCGUCGCCAUUGCCUGGUCUUGCGGCUCCAACUGACGGGGUCACAGCUCCGCUGCCGGCGAAGGCAGGUCCACCACCUCGGCCACAUCCUACGGUAGCCGGGACAUCGGGUGCUCGGCAUGAGCAUGUUGGUCGGUCAUUGCCGGCCAACGAGCCCCCAUCUGUUAGAGAGGGUGGAGGCGUUGCGGCAUUUGACGAGAAAAGCACGCGUGCUUUCGUCGACAGUCGCAGGUGGGGGAGGGAUGCAGGCUCUUCGGCCGGACUCGCCACUGUGUUCACCGCUGCCAGACAGUCACCUGCCGCACGGGCUACUAGUGCUGUGGCACCCGCCGCACCUGCCCGUCGUUCGUCGGAGCACCCUUGGCUUCCGCCUCCGCCGUCGAGAGCGGCACGGGAUCAUGUUGUCGGCCAUGUCGGUGUGAUGGACAGACCAGAUCCCACGCACGUGGCUUCAGAUGCUAGACAUCCUGCUCCCCCUUCCCGAGUCGGGGGACAGGCGGUGCCCGGGGUGCCUGAUGAGGAGGUCCUCCCUCCGCUGGCCGAUUCGGCGCCGACCCCGAUUCGGACAACGACUGCCACUGCUCCGCCUGUGCUCAGCGGAUCAUUAGAUCCUUUGUACUGCAUGCGCGACAUUGCAGUCGCCCAGAGUGCAGCACCCGCGAGUCCUGGUGGGUUGUUGGAUGCAGGGGUCCUCGGUGGCCAAACCACGACGGGACGAGGCCGGGGGACUUAUCGCCAGCAGGCCGUGACGUCGUAUUAUUCGGACCCUUUGGAGCGCGCGUGGCAUUUGCACAUCAUGAGGUUCCUCGUCGAGAGCGGGAUGCCGUUCAACUGCGCGAAGCUCGAAAGCUUCAAGCGUAUGUUCACGAUGAUCAUCCCGCCAGGGAUUCCCGGGGCGCCCACUCCUAAACUCCCCACCUACCACAUGCUGCGCACGACCCUCUUGGACAAGCUGGAUGCCGAGGUCGAGAAGUGUGUUCGCCCUGUUCUCGACAUGUCGAGAGAACAUGGUUGCACAAUCAUGACGGAUGGUUGGACCAACAUCAGGGGUCAGACAUUGUGCAACUACCUUGUCGGGACAGAGACAGGGGUAGCGUACGUGGCCACCGACGUCAUGCGCGGCAAGAAGGACGCCCAUGCCCUCGCGACCGCGUGGUUGAACAGGGUGAAGUCCCUGGACGUGAACUUGAGCGACAUCACAGCGUUCGUGACGGACUCCGCCGGGGUGAAUGUUGCAGCGAUGGACGUUUUCCAGAAGGAUGAGAGCAUCAAACACAUCUUCUGGAUUCCGCUGGUGACGAGGUUCUUUAAGCGCCAUGGCCACGCGCGAGAGAUUCUGAAGGGGCACUCGAAGAAGACUCUUCUGCUGCUGACACAGACGCGUUUUGGAACGAACGUCAUCAUGAUGGAGCGGCUGGUGGACGUGAGGGGAGAGCUGACGAAGGUUAUAGGCCAGAAACGCUGGCGUGAGACGGUUUGGUCCACCAACAAGAUCCGCAAGGACGCUACGGAGGUUACUGCAUGCAUCGGGUCUCCUUCGUGGUGGGAGGAUCUGAUAGCUCUGUAUAACAUGCUGAAGCCCAUCAUGGACAUGUUGAGGUUGGUGGACAGUGACACGCGCCUGAUCAGCAAGAUUUUGCGUCGUUAUGAGGUAAUGAUUGCAUCUUGUUUGUCCGCUUGCAAGGACAUCGAUCGGGACCAGCAGGACGCUAUUCUGGAGGUGUUUGCUAGGCGACGCACUAUGUUCCGGACCCCCGCCCACAGAGCAGCCAUGUUGGAUCCCGAGUUCCGGGACCCAACACUUAUUGACGAUGAUGAGGUGCAGCAGGCGUUGGUCGAGGCCCUUGUCCAGUUCGGCUAUCCGGAGGGAUCGCCGCAGCACCGGGAGGUCCGUCGAGCCAAUGGCAAGUUCCACACAGGGGAGCCACCUUUCGAUGACGUCACCAUGCGACGGGCGAUGGAUACCUUUGACCAUCCUGCCAGUUUUUUGUCGUCGAAGAGUGCGAAGUUUCCUCACACGGCCGUGUUCGCCGGCAGGAUCAUCCGCAUUUGGGUGACGGGGUCACCGUGCGAGAGAGCCUGGUCUCGCUGGAGCUUCAUUCAUUCAAAGUCUCGGAACAGGUUGGAGGUCUCUCGGGCUGAGAAGCUUGUCUGGUGCCACUGGAACCUCAGGCUGCUCGAUAGACCUGAGUUGCAUGAGGAUGGAACUGGUGAGAGGCCCGACAUCUUCGGGAAGUGGUUGCAUUAUUGGCACGCCGUGGAGGACGAGGUCCCCGUGGAUCAUCAGCUCGUCAGAGGCAGUGGAGCACAGGUGAUGGUGACUGAGGAGGAUUUGACCCACGCCAGAGAGAGGUUGUGCGCCGUUUCCUGCAUGGGAGUCGAGCGUCGGGUGGCGAAGUCCGACAGGCGCCGACGCAGGUCCGAAGGUCGCGGACGAGCAGUGGCCGAAGGAGCGACACGCGGCGACGUGCGUGCAGGGGCGCGGACACGACGACGGCGGGCGGACGAUUUCGUUCGCAAGGCUCGCGUGCGUUGGGACGAGGGAGACUUCCUGUUCGACAGCACGUCCAGCAACGACGACGAUUUCUUCGCCGGUGGCGGGGGAGGUGGCGAGGGCGGUGGCGGAGGCGGGGGAGGUAGCGACUCUGGCGAGGGCGGUGGCGGGGGAGGUGGCGGUGGCGAGGGGCGAGGCGUGGACGGUGAUGUUGGUCACGGUGGUCACACCAUGACUCGCAUGCCUGCCAUCGUUUUGAAGCGGUUGAGACGCGGGGGCAGACGGGAUGACAGCAUUGCAUCUCGUGUGCGUAGACCUCGUGUGCACGUCGCGACCAGGACGGAGGCACAUGUCAUGCAGCAGGACCCGGUCGUCAUGUCGGAGGAUGACAUGGGUGAUCAUCCCGCGUCGUUGGCGCGGGAGGAGAGUGGAGCGGUGGUCACUCGUCCCCGGUCACCGGAGCCGGCUGUUGGCACCGCGAAGGACACGCAGCUCCAUCGCAUGCCUUCCACAGAUGUUGUCAUGGGCGAGGACGGGGCGCCUAGGGCGGAGGUCGCUUCCGCAGGAGUGGGUUUGCAGGACGGGGAGGCACCACCCCCUCCCACGACAGGCGGUGGUUUAGAGGACGGAGAGGUCGCACAUACUCCCGCUUGUGCCCAGGAUGGUCUCGAGUCUCUACGCUACAGUAGAGAGGAGGUGGCGCAUGUGCUGGCGAGCUGCGGUUACCGCGCUGAGGAUAUCCGCGACACAUUGGCGGGAUACCCAGACAGGUUGCAGCAGGGCGUCGGGCUCCAUUGCCCGCCCGACAGUCUUCCGCGCACUGAUGAGUUACUAGCCAUCGACGCAGCCUUAGCAGGUCUGCCCGAAAUAUUGAUUUUGAUAUCUCUCAGUUUGCCAGACGUGGCGCCACCAAAGGCUGCUCCGCUGGAUGAGACGCAUCACGACACAGGAUCCGACGCGGUCGGCGGCGACAAGAGACUGCUUCCUUCAGAGGUCCGCAGCUCUCCUGCCGGUUUUCAUGUGGGAGGCCCGUGGACUGUGGAGCAGGGGUUGGCGGAUGAGGUGGCACGAAACCGCCAUGGUGGGCCGCGCGUCGCAGCGCAACGCAGUCUGGGAGAGUCAUUAGAGGCAGCAUCCACGGAUCAUGUGGCGCCUGGGGGUCGUGGUUCGCAGGAUUUUUCGGACGGCGGGUCAUUAGUCCCAGCACGGGCGGCGGGUCAGCAGGCAGAGCCCCACCUGAGCCCGACGGCGGCGACAGAGGCAGAUCAGUCCAGACAGAUGUCGGCGGCUGCUGACGGACAGGCGGGGGCAGACGGGGGUGACGGCGUGGACGGACCAGGGCGAGGUGAGAAGAGACGAGGCGGCUGGAGCAUCAUCCAUGAUGACAAUUCCACAGCCGCUGAGGCCAGCGAGACCACAGGGGCCGACGAUCCUAAUGACUCCGAUUACGUGCCAAGGUUCCGGAUGGCAGAUGGAGAUGAUGGUGGAGGACGACGCGUAUCAGCUAUGGCGGCUGCUGUGUCCGUUGCUACCGCCACUUUGGCGAUUCUCCUUCUCCUCGCUCCUUUCUCUGUAGCCGCAGAAGUAGACACGAGCGCAGGUGACGCUCUAAUCAGCGCCAUCACCAAUCACUGCUGUCUUAAGAAGUUCUACUACGCCUUACAGAUCUCUCGCGUCGAGUCUCGUCUGCGUGACAGCGUGAAUCAAGGUCCCAUCACGGUUUUCGCUCCGACCGAUGAUAGCUUCAUGAAGCUGGAUCCCGAGCUGUGGAGGUGCGCUACCACUGGCCAAGGGCCGCUUGACGUUCUGAGUCAGAUUAUGCUGUACCACUUCGUGACUUCCGGGAACUUCACUGCUGCGGAGGUGGCGACGAAGACGCAGCUGACCUCUGCCUCCGGCAUGCCCAUUGACGUCAAGGACGUUAACGGGAAUGUCGUUCUCGAAGGUUACGCGUCAAUCACGGGCCCGGACGCUUUGAAGUCGCCUAAUGCGACUGUGCACCUCAUCGGCGAACUUCUUGUGCCGGAGACGAUUGUCAGCACCAUCGAGAACGUGUGCCGUCCUGGACCUGUGUCAGCAUCUCUUCCGUCACCUGGCCUGUAAGCUAUUUAUAACGAUGGGUGAGUAAUCACUGCAGUCGGGCAAAACGCUGGAAGAUAGCAGUUAGUGAGAGCCUAUGUAGUUUACCACAGGAAUAAGGAUUCUCGUACCAAUGAGAGCCUGUGCUUCGCUGAAUUCUACACCAGCAUCUGGUCCUCGUUAUAACGAGCAUGUAAGCAUCGUUAUAGCGAUGCGGCGCGUAGGCACGACUGCCGGACGCGACACUGUAUUUCUUAUCACGGGGGUGACUGACGGACUGUAGUAGUAUAGGAUUUAACAGGAAGGAGCAGUUCGCCUGGGUUGAACGAUAUACGAGUAAGGUGAGUUAGGGGUAUUUUUUUUAAUGCAAUUUACCAUAAGAGUAAGGAUUGGCACGGGACGCGACACUGUUUUGCUACUGUGGUCGUGGGUGACGGACGGUAGAUAAGGAUUGACAGAGGAGGAGCAGUUCGCCUGUGUUGGAGCAGACGAGUUGAGUUAGUGUUUUUUUUUUUAGUUAGUGUGAUUUUUGUUACAGGAGUGAGUAUUAUUUCGAGCAUUGGAUUUAAUUGGUGUGACAUUUUGCAUUAAUUUACAAUGGUAUUUCUAUAGAUAAGACACUGGCGGUGGUCUUCUCCUGCCCUGUCAGCUUUGAUAGCGACGGGUGAGUAAUGGCUUAUGUCGGCACUGACUCGCUAUCAUCGAGGUCGGUGAUGGACGGAGUAGGAUUUAAUAAUUUACAGGAAGAAAAGAACGAGCAGCUCGCAUGAGUAAGAGAGGUUGCGUGCUUUUUUUUUUUUCUUCCGCUGAGUAAUCGCUGUUGUCAAGGGGGACACUGAUUCGCCCAUCAUGGAGAUGGGUGAUGGACGAUAGAGUAGGAUUUAAUAAUUUUACAGGAAGAGGAUCAGUUCGCUGGAGUAAGAGAGGUUGCUUUUUUAUUAUCAUUAUUUUUUUGGCACUUGAGUUAGAGGUUCCAUGGUUUCUUAUUUCUCUUUCUGUUGCAGAUUAGUGUCGGGUUCUUCUGUCUCCCUUUUCAUGCGACAUUCGGUGAGCACGGUAUGGCUAUCACUGUGCCAAGGAGAGGGUUUCCCGGCCUGGCGACACCUUCUCAAGCAGUCUAGUCCAGUCUCAAGUCAUCCACACUUGCGUGGAGGAAAGGGAAGGACGAAGUGACGGUCGACACAGGGUACAUUAUGCUUGCUAACUGGAUUAUCUGCUUUAUCAGAAUCAUCAAUGCCUCGUUCUUUUAAGCAAGUUAAGGGAAGACACGGGUCUUGUUUCUCACGUUUCUCUUUUUUAUUCCUUUCUGUUUGGUGUGUGAAAGCCCUUUUGCCAGGCCUCUCGGAGACGUGCGGUUGUUCCCAUCUCUCGUAGAUUAAGAGUCGUGGACCAUGGUGGGGUAACUUCAGUAGAUUAAGAGUCGUGGACCAUGGUGGGGUAACUUCAGUAGAGUCACAAAAACGAGUUAUCAUUGCACUAUGGGGCAAGAUACGGUUUGCAAUUGCACUUCAGGCACCCUACCUGGACUGAAAGCUGGGUUGUAUACAUUGCCCAAACUGCAAUUCGAAUCUGUAUCUUGGCCCAUACUCCAAUUAUAACUCAUUUUUGUGACUCCCGUGCAGUUUCCCCUUCUUGUUUUUAUUAUACCUGCCUGUCCGUGAGCGGCUAGAUGGGUGCAAAAUGUUUGGAAGGGACUUUCUUUUUUGUUGUUUUUUUUUGAAAGGGACUUCUUUUUUUUCUUUUCUUUUGAAAGGUACUUUUCAGAGUUACUUUUUAUAUAUUCACUUUUUAUAUUUUUUUAUGAAUAACGUGCGCAGGUUGUGGGAGAGGUUGGAUUCAGAGUUGCGAAGGGUCCUUUAGAACGUCUCUCGUAGAGUCAUAGUUGACGUGGACCAUGCUUCUUGUUUCUCGUAUUUAAUCGAUAAUGAAGUACGCCCUAUUUG